AUGAAUUCAGCAUCUUUGUUUAGCCGAUUUGGACUUCAAUUGGUUCAGUUAUCUUAUUCAUCAACAAAAUCUGCGCUUCAACGUCAAAAUAUUGUAGGUUUUUGUGUUUCUUGUUGGUUUUUAGGUAAAAUACGGCGAGCAUAUUAAUUAGUUCAAAAGCUUUUAAAAGAUGUCUAUAUUGUUUUAGAAGCAAUAGGGAUCAAUUUUCACAUUGAGAUAUCGUUAUUUCUGGAUUAUUUUGCUGAAAAAAUUAAAGAAAACGAAAAUUUUAAUGGUUUUUCUGUAUUUUCAAAUAGAGUAAAGUUUAAAUAAGGUGUGAAGAGAUGUCUAGAAGCUGAUGAAGCAACAAAACUUUGUUUUGGAAACAAUACAGAUCAAUAUUAUAUAAGGGACGUGCUAAAUACAUCGGAUGGUUUGGUCGAAAAUAAAUCAGCGAUUCAUUGGCUGAGCAGGUAUCAGCCAAAGAAUUGCAUUUUUUGGCUGAAUCUUGAAAUAUCAGACAAGGAAUCGCAUUUUUUGGCUGAAAUGUCAGCCAAAAUUUUUUGUCUGAGAUAUCAGCCAAAGAAUCAUGAUUUUUGGUUGAUAUAUCAGCCAAAAAUUUUGCUGUUGAUAUCAGACAGAAAAUUUAGAUUUUUGGCUGAAAAAUCAGCCAAAAAAUUCUAGUCUUUGGCUGAUACGUGUUCAGCCAAGAAAUGGCUGAUUUAUUUUCGAUUAGACCAUCCGAUGUAUUUAGCACGUCCCUUAUAUUCACCACACUUUUAUUUUUUGAGGUUUUCUAAAUCAUUGUUGUUAUCUUAAUUUGGAAGCAAGAUUUAAACAAAUUAGUUAUAAAACUCGUCAGUAAUCCUUUAAAGUUUCUUAACUUUAUUUUAGAAGCUAUGCAGAUCAAUAUUAUCAUCCCGAUCACUUCAUAUUUCAAAUAUUCGACUAGAAUCCACCAAAGAGCCCACGAAACCCACGCCAGUCGUUAUACAACCUGCCCCAAUUGGUCAAAAUGCUCGUAGAGUUGUGAAAAGACGUCGAGCGCUUACUUCUAUGAUACGGAAAGAUGUAGAACAACGUCCACAGAUCUAUGGAGCAGCUAUAGCUGAAAGCGUGGACUUGGUGACAUUGUUAUCGGACAAAAAGUUGGCUAGUUUAUAUCAAAUGACUUCUGUUGAUGACGGUACGGAUUUUAUACUUUUUUAUUGGUUUUUAGAUUAUUUGGAGUGUUGUUUGGGUAAAGAUAUUGUUUUAGAUAGUCUUUUUGGCAUCUAACAAUGUAUUGAUACCUAAGUUAACAUAAUCUUUUAUAUUUCUCUUCAGAAUUUGAAGACGCUAUUCAUUUCACUCCAAAAGCCGAGUACAACAUAGAUGCAUCCCAAAAGAAAGAGUUUUUCGUUUUUGGUGAUGGUGUUUUGAUUGCUUGGCACUACGAAAAGACAGAAGUCCAUCGUCUACUAGAUGUCCUAAAGCAAUUUGGCGAAAAACCAUAUGAUGACGUUCUAAUUCAACAAGAAAUGGAGAAUAUGGCAGUAGAGGAGACUGAUAACAGUAAUAUGGGCAGGUCUAUCAUUAGACAUGAUGUGAUUAGAAUUCCGAAAAUUCAGGAUGAAAAUAAAGAGGCUAGCCAAGCAUUGGUACGAUACGCUAUAUCUCAUGGAAUGGCUGCUAGUGGUGGGUUUUAUUGGAGUUUGGGAAAAAUUGCAAAAACUUUGCUUACAAAGCAUACAAUGGCAAGAAAUUUCUUUACAAAAAAUAAAAUGACAAGAACUUUCUUUACAAGCUCAGAAAUGGCAAGAACUUGGUUUACAAAGCGUAAAAUGACAAGAACUUUCUUUACAAACCGUAAGAUGAAAUCUUUUAGUAAAAGUAGCCAUCUGGGAGCACAAGCUGAACGCCUACAGUGAGCCUCUACAUGCGACGACACAAGCUCUGAAGAAGGGUAUCAUACCAUGGCGGCGUCGAGAAUGUCUAAAAAGAAUUGGCGAAUUCGCUGCUUUGAGAUAUUCGACCAACCUGAACAGUGGACUAUUGAAUACCGACUUUUAUUGGGAAAGGGAUUACUUGGAGAGGAUCUUUGCUGAUGUCUUACGGUAUUUCAUUGUCAGGAAGAGGUUACGGUAAGGAAGUUUUUUUAAAAAAGGUUUUUGGGUAUGAAAUGGCAAGAACUUUGUUUAAAAAAUUAUAAAAUGGCAAGAAAUUUCUUUACAAAACACAAAAUGACAAGAACUUUCUUUACAGAACAGAAAAUAGCGAGAACUUUCUUUACUACACUUGAUUUCAGUGAACUCAACUCUCGUUUGGACUAUUGUGAGAAUCUGGUGAGUCAGAUAGAUCAGAUGCUAACCCAUCGACACGCUUCUUUCCUCGAAUGGAUGAUCAUUGUUUUGAUUGUGAUCGAGGUCAUCUUCGAUCUUCUACAUUACUUUGACUUCUCGGUUACUCCGGUUUUCAUCGUCGACGAUCCUGUUAAGUUUACUGUAGUCAGUAAGAAAGAGGAAAAACAGCGAUAA